AUGUCAAUUGGAAAUUUCCGCGAUAACGUGAAAGAACUGGAUCUGAUUAUAAAAAGGGAUGGUAGAGAGCACAUGCUCACAUGUACGAUGCUAGAGUUUUCGGACAAACUCAUCAUUCAUUUGUCAAUGAAUGGGGAAACCGACAUCUCGUAUGACAUUCAAAUCCCAGAAAAGAACGACUUGAAAAAGCCACUACGAAGGUACGAUUUUGACGAAGAGAAAGAGCAAGAAGAACUAGAGAAUACAAUAAUCCCUAUUGUUCUCAUUGGGUCCGGGAAUAACAUGAAAAUGCAAGUCCUCUCGUCGCAGAUAGGUCACACGAUAAGCCAACUUUCUAACAAAAACAUAAUUCUCAACAUCAGCGGCAAGCUUUUUGGCCGGGCAUACCUUGACGAGUACCGCCCUGGCGACUCUGUGCUUGUUCAACAGUGCUUGCACCUUGCCACUGAGACGUACCAAUCUCAAAGACCAGCCGCUGACGUAAGCCCGAGUUGA